GGUGGUGGUGGUGGGAGGGGGCAAAGCGACCGCAACACAUGGGAUCUGAUCGAGGUGGAGGUGGGAAGGUGUGGAGCAGACGGGGCUGCGGCGGGUUGGGAAUGCUGCUCCUGCACUGGCUCUGUGCGCUGCUGCUCCCCCGCAGCGGCUGCUGUUUGGAUGUGCGCUGGUCCCCGGGCAGCCCGGUGCCCAGCCCAGGGGCUGAGUUUGACAGACUGUACACUGGAUAUGUUAGUCGAGAGGUCGAAGAGAUCUAUUCCUUCAAUUACACUACUUGGCCACGACAGGCAGGUGCAGUCAGAGUUUUUGUCAACACUUCAUCAGAUGAUUUGCAAUUUCCAGUACUUUUUGUGGUACGCCAACAGAAAAGCAUUUUGUCAUGGCAAAUUCCGCUGAUUCUUCGAGGGCUAUACCAGAGGAUAUAUACCUAUCAGGAAGUGAGCCGUAUUCUUUGCCCAAUGAAGCCUUUGAAUGAAAAGGAACCCCAGCCGCACUACAUGUUUGUUGAUGUGGCGUCGUUGGCUCCGUACAAUAUACAUUAUGAACUUCUAGUUUCCAGAGUUCAUCAUUUUUCGAUAGAGACAAGUGAAAUGUUUAGUUUUACAGCUACACCAUCUGAGCCACGGUACUUUAUGUACGAGUUCCCUCAAGACGUUGAUUCAGUCAUCAUUAAAGUGGUGUCAGAGAAGGCAUAUCCAUGCUGUGUUGUCUCAGUGCAGGAUAUUGUGUGCCCCGUUUAUGACUUGGAUCACAAUGUUGAAUUUACUGGUGUAUAUCAAACAAUGACAAAGACAUCUGCCAUUACUGUGCAGAAAAAGGAUUUUCCUGGUGGAAAGUUUUACACAGUUCUUGUUAUUAAACCUGAAGAUUAUGCUUGUGGUGGAUCAAUUCCAUUUUAUCUAAUCAGAGGUAAAGGAAAUUACACUGAAAACCAAGAGCGAAUAAAACAACUUCAAUUGACCAUAGUGCCAUCAAUUAGUGAGACGGUGUACAUACAGGUUAUUCUGUUUUGCUUCUUCAUCUUCUUCUCCUUUUAUGUUGGAGCACUGCUUGUUGCUUUUGUGCAUUAUAUCAGGUUUCAUCAAACAAAUUUGAAUGGAGCAGAUGAGGGUGUUGGAACAAUGUCAGCAACACAUCCGAUCACAUUUGGAGCACCAGAAGGAGGCAGUUAUGGGGCUAUUGAAGAAUCUAGCCCAGAUGUUGCAAGUCAAAUUAAUUCUCCAUUAGAUGUAGAUCAUUGCUCUGUACAAGGGGAAGAUAAUUUUGAUACUGAGCAUGACAUUGAGUUUGAUAAGGAAAUGUUCAAAAGUAAGACAUUUCUCUUUGUGUCAGACUUGUCUCGAAAAGACAACAAGACUGUUAGCAGGAAGUACAAUAUCUAUUUUUGGAAUAUUACUACAAUUGCUGUGUUCUAUGCUCUUCCUGUGAUCCAGCUUGUCAUCACAUAUCAGACAGUUGUCAAUGUAACAGGUAACCAGGACAUCUGCUAUUACAACUUCCUGUGUGUUCACCCUCUUGGAGUGUUAAGUGCCUUCAACAACAUUCUAAGCAACAUUGGAUACGUGAUGCUGGGAUUCCUGUUUUUCCUGAUUGUAUUAAGAAGAGACAUCCUUUAUAAACGGGCUCUAGAAGCUAAUGACAUCUAUGCUUUGGAGUAUGGCAUCCCAAAACACUUUGGUCUCUUCUAUGCUAUGGCAGUGGCACUCAUGAUGGAGGGGGUCUUGAGUGCUUGCUACCAUGUGUGCCCUAAUUAUUCCAACUUUCAGUUUGAUACCUCCUUCAUGUACAUGAUUGCAGGCCUCUGUAUGCUGAAACUCUACCAAACUCGACAUCCAGACAUAAAUGCUAGUGCAUAUUCAACAUAUGCAACCUUUGCUGUGAUCAUUUGUUUUGCUGUGCUUGGUGUGAUAUUUGGUAAGAGUAAUACCUGGUUUUGGGUGGUGUUCUCAAUUAUUCAUGUUAUGGCAUCCCUGGGUCUCAGCACCCAGAUAUACUACAUGGGGCGGUUUAAAAUAGAUGUUUCAAAUGCAGACUUUGGUAUUUUCAGGCGUAUUGGAAUAGUUCUUUAUACUGAUUGUAUUCAACAGUUUAGUCGGCCCAUUUAUAUGGAUAGAAUGGUUCUGCUUAUCCUCGGAAAUCUUGUAAACUGGUCAUUUGCUAUUUUUGGUUUAGUGUCCAGGCCAAAAGAUUUUGCUUCAUAUCUCUUGUGCAUCUUUAUCUGCAACCUGCUGCUAUAUCUGGCCUUCUACAUCAUAAUGAAGCUACGAAGUUCUGAAAGCAUAAGGGCUAUUCCUCUUUUCUGUAUUUUGGCAACUACUUUUAUUUGGGCAUCUGCUCUUUACUUUUUCUUUCAAACAUUAAGUAGUUGGGAGAAAACUCCUGCAGAGUCUCGUGAACAAAAUCGUGAAUGCAUUCUGUUGAACUUUUUUGAUGAACAUGAUGUUUGGCAUUUUCUGUCAGCUACUGCAGUUUUCUUCUCCUUUUUGGUUCUCUUAACAUUGGAUGAUGACCUGGAUUUUGUAAGGAGAGACAAAAUCCCUGUGUUUUAGGUUCAUCUUGGGCUUGAAAAGAAUGUUCAUUGAUCAGGCAGUUGACCAAUGAUAUACAUCAACGAAAGCAUUUCGUUGUAUAUACAAAAACAAGCUUGCAAAAUAUUCACAAACAAUCCUGCUUAGAAAGUGAUUUGAGUUUCAUUGGUUACAUUGUAGCAUGAUAUUUAAUUGUUCAAUGAAAACUAUAACAGAAAAUGUGUAAUUUAUAUGCCUUAAUGGUAGUUAUAUAUGAAGCAACAUUGUGUUAAAAAAAUUGCAACCUGGAGUGGUUGGAAAUGCACAGUAGUGUGAAAUACAGUGGAUUUUGUGUGUUCUAGGACCAAGCUUGAAGGGCCAAAGAGCCUUUUGUCAUUCCAUGUUUUUGUGUACUUGUGUGCUAAAUGGAAUAGGCUGCAUUAGGAAUUGCAGGAAGUCAGUUUCAGAAUUAAGAUGGGAUUGAAGAGAAUUUUCCAAAAUGCUGCAUCAUUUCUGAGGAAUUGCAGGCCUCUAAUGCUUAAGUCUUGGAAAAUUUUCAAUGCCCUAAAUACGUCAUUAUUAUAAGGAAUUUUAAAGAAAUAUUUAGACUAAUUACAUUAUUGUGUCAUGAGUAUUAUCUGCUAUAAUACGUCCUCCCGACGUGAAAAGCGCUAUAUCAAA